UUGUCUUCUGAGGUAAUCCAAAGAGUAAACAGAUGUACUCUUUGCUAGCAAAGAGUAAACCUGUAUAAUCUUUGCUUGUUAGUUGAUGUACUCAUUGGAUUUGAGUCCCAUAUCACAGCAUAGGUAACAAUUAAUCCACGGUGCCCUCAUAUUUCUUGAAAAUUGAUAAUGGCCACCGGUGACUGUGGAUAUGGAAGACCAAUUAAAGAGGAGGGCGAAGAUGAAACUCUCCAAGUAAAUCUCUCGAAAAAUGAGUUUGUGCCAGAAAAAAUCAAAGAUGAAGAUGAAAUGAUUAUUGUUCAUCAUGACCUGAAAUCUGAACAGCGUGCCGAAGAUGUAAAAGAAGGUUUUUAUUGUGAGGGGUGUGGGGGUGGUUUGCUCAGUUUAGAGAAUUUCUUCAACCCUGACAGUGUGAAAUCCUGUUGUAAUUGUCAAUACCAGAACGAUGCUAAUAUGCAUGGAGAAGAUGUGACUAAUGAUUUUAAACCACCUCAGUUUAGCUCAG